AUGGCAAAUUCAGAAGGAAGUCGAGAGAUCUUACAUGCAUGCCUUGUUUUGGGCUUGCUUGCUUUGAUCAACGUUGUCCGAUGUGACAAUUAUCCUGAUUUCCAAUCCCGCCGUAGCUUAAUUGGUGAGACAAUUUUUGAUGUUACUAAGUUUGGGGCUAAAGGCGAUGGCAUUACCGACGAUGCCAUGGCAAUAAUUAAGGCAUGGAGAGCAGCAUGCACCACUGUGGGAGCAGCAAAGGUAUUGAUCCCACGUGGAGACUUUGUGGCAGGGGAGGUUGUAAUGGCUGGACCUUGCACUGCACAAAAACCAAUAACUAUAGAAAUACAGGGAAAUCUAUUGGCGUAUGAUGAUAUGAGUGUCUACACACGUGGUGCUUGGAUCAUGAUUGAAAAAGUUGACGGCCUUGUUGUUACUGGCGGUGGAACAAUCAAUGGUCGCGGAAAGGAGGUCUGGCAGUAUUUUACUAAGGGUAGCCCUCCACUUCCAGUGGUAAGUAGUAUUAUCGAAGCUUCAUCCAUCUAUUUUCAAGAUAUUGUUAUGGAUCGUGUCAAAAAUCCCAUCAUUAUUGAUCAGCAUUAUGACUCCAAGAGAAAGCGUGAGCCAUCGAAGGUGAAGAUCAGUGAUGUUCACUUCAGAAAUAUAAGGGGAACCUCAAUUUCAGCAGUGUCAAUAUCUCUGAAUUGUAGUUCAACAUUUCCGUGUCAGGGCAUUGAAUUGUCAAACAUUGAUUUGCAGCCCAUUGCCCCUAUUGGACCUCUAAGAUCUUCUUGUUCGAAUGCCAGAUUCUUCGUCACUGGAAAAAUCAACCCCACUGCCCCCGCUUCUUGUGUAUAGACAUAUUUUCUUU